AUGCAGGAAGAAGGUAUGAGUGGUUCCGAUCAGAACUAUGAGGAGAUAUCUAUGAUAGGAAAUGGAGCAUAUGGAACAGUAUACAAAGCUCGGGACUUGAAAAAUGAUGGUCAAAUUGUGGCCAUGAAACGUAUUCGCAUCCAGAACACAGAGGAGGGGAUGCCUAUGAGUGCAAUAAGGGAGAUAGCUCUUCUGAAACAGUUGGAAAACUACGAACAUCCUAAUAUUGUCAGAUUACUAGAUGUUCGCCAUUCCCAGGCAACAGCGAAUGAGAUCCGACUCAUGUUGGUGUUUGAAUACAUAGACCAGGAUCUGUCUACUUACUUGGAAGGCUGUCCAUCUCCAGGACUUGGGCCAGACAGAAUUAAGGACCUGAUGUACCAGCUGCUUAAUGGUGUAGACUUUCUACACGCCCACAGAAUAGUGCAUCGUGACCUCAAACCCCAGAACAUCCUGGUCACUGGACAGGGGCAGCUCAAACUUGCUGAUUUCGGACUGGCCAGGGUGUAUGGCUUCCAAAUGGCUCUCACAUCAGUGGUGGUGACCUUGUGGUACCGGGCCCCAGAAGUUAUCCUUCAGGCAGCAUAUGCUACUCCUGUUGACAUGUGGAGCUGUGGCUGUAUAUUUGUGGAACUCUUCAAUAGAAGACCAUUGUUUUGUGGAGAUUCAGAUAUCAACCAACUUUCAAAAAUAUUUGAGGUGCUUGGUCUGCCAUCAAAGGAAGAUUGGCCAGAAAGUGUGACAUUACCGUGGAAUUCUUUCAAGCCACUUGCACCAAAAUCUCUGGAACAGCUAAUCCCCGAGAUUGACCCGGAUGGAAAAGACCUUUUAGAGAAAUUAAUUCAAUUCAAUCCUCAUAGUCGAUUAAGUGCACGUUCAGCACUUCAACACAAUUAUUUCCGCGAUGAUUUGGAUAGCUUACGAACUUCAAGUUCUCUCUCCGUAUCGGAGAGCGAUUCUUGUGAUAAUGAUGGAAGGUCGGACACACCUGUCAGUAAGUAA